AUGCCAAGUCAGGAUGAUCAAGCAAAAAAGUUUUCUAUAUGCAAUGUAUGUCUAACAAAUCAAGACAACCAACUUAAGAAAACUCCAGACUUUGAAGCUAAAAAAACCAGACUUUAUGUAAAGCAAGCUUGUACUAAUUGCCGAGCGAAGAAAGAGAAAUGCUCAGGAGGAGAUAGGUGCACAAAUUGUGUUCGAAGGAACAAAGAAUGUACUUAUGUUAGUUCUGGUAAAAAACGUGGACCAAAACCCAAAGAACCAUUAAGACCAACAUAUCAUUAG